GGAUGAGUCGGGUUGUCGGACGGGCGUCUCUUUCUUUCUGUUGUUAUUAAAAGAGAAUUUUGUUGUGCUUAAUUCUGUUAAUAACAACAAACAACAAAAAAAUAAAAAUCUACAACAACGCAGACGAGGGCGCAGUGUGUGUGUGAUUCAGCAUUCGAAGUGUAGGCAAAAAAAGAGCGCAGCAGCAGACUGCGCUGCAAAAGUGUGUAAAUAAAUUGAAUUAAUAUAAAAAAGGAAAACGAAAAACCAGUCGCCGUUGUCGUUUCGUUUAUGUGUUUACGCCCGUCGGUCGCCGUUGGUUUUAUGAGAAAAGAGUGCAGUGUAGAAAUUAACGAAAACGUAAACAAUAAUAAUAAUCGAGAAAAAUUGCCUGUUGUCUGAUAAAUUACAACACACACUUACACAAACGUAGACUUUUGGUGUGCGCGGCAGCGGCGGCGGCAGCGUUUAUUGUGCUUGCUCAAAGAAGAAGCAGUCGUUGUGUUCGUUUCAUGUGUAAUUGUGUAAGUGUGGCCACAGCAGCUGAAGAAAGGUCAGGCGUUGCGUAAAGAGAGGUUGCAAACUCGCACACACACACAUACGCGCACACUAAACUGUUGCACGUAUUUGGGAUCGAUCGUGUUGAGUGCAAAAUCAGGCAAAAUUCAGUUCGUUUACGUGUAUAACAGCAGCGCUCCCCACGCCGCGGACAUCUACCAUCCUCCCCGUCAUCCACACCGCAUUGACUUUGACGCGAACUCAGACACCGAGUGGUUGGAGGAGGACAGCACUGAGAGCGCUAGCAGGCAACCAUCACCAGCAGCAAUAGCAACGGAAGCAGGAAGCAAAGCAAACACCAAUAACAACCGAAGCAACAGCAGCAGCAAUAACAACAUCUUCGAUAUCGAUACAAACAUCAUGGCGGUGCGCAAAAAACAGGACGACAAAUACCUGCUAGCGCUGCGGGAGCUGGUAAACAGCGGGGCAGGUAAUCGUCAAUGCUUCGACUGCAACCAGAAGGGGCCCACCUACGUGAACAUGACUAUUGGCUCUUUCGUCUGCACCCGCUGCUCUGGCGUACUUCGCGGACUGACGCCGCCACAUCGUGUUAAAUCCAUUUCGAUGGCCACUUUCACACAGGAGGAGCUCGACUUUCUCAAGGCUCACGGCAACGAGCUGUGCGCCAAAACGUGGCUGGGCCUCUGGGAUCCCAAACGUGCCACGCCGCAGCAGGAUCAACGUGAGCUCAUGAUUGACAAGUACGAGCGCAAGCGAUACUAUUUGGAGCCGGCGAGUCCUUUGAAGUCGCUGGCCAAUGCGGUCAAUCUGAAGUCGAGCAACGGUUACCACACCUCGAGCAUCUCGAACAUCUCGAGCAACGGCUAUGCCAGCAUCCAUCUGACGCCGCCCGCCGCCCAACGCACAGCUGCCAAUGGCUUGGCGUCGAAGACGCCUUCCACGACAACCACAUCGUCAGCCAUAAGUCGGCCGCAGCAUCAUCAUCAUCAGCAGCAACCACAGCAGCAGCAGCAGCAGGAUGCUUUCAACAUGUCCUCGGGAGGAUUGGGCUUGAUCAGCAGCCUGAAUAGUGCGGGUUCCACAUCCACAGGCGCGCUCUCGGACACGAGCAGCUGUGCGAGCAACGGCUUUGCUGGCGAAUCCGAUUUUGUCGCCGACUUUGGCAGUGCCAAUAUAUUCGAUGCAACCUCGAGUUCGGCGCGUUCCACGGGCUCGCCGGCUGUCUCCUCGGCCAGUUCGGUCAGCUCCAGCAAUGGCUAUGCCAAGGUGCAGCCCCUGAGAGCAGCACAUCUGCAUCAGCAGCAACAGUUGCUCAAUGGAAGCGGAAAUGUGAAUGGCAAUGGAACAGAGAACUUUGCUGACUUUGAGCACGCGCCCAUUUACAAUGGCAUCGCCGCGACCAGCUAUUUCAAUUGGAGCGAUUGCAGCACACCAAGUCUCUUCCCAGAUCCAUUUGAACAACCACAGGAGCCAUCGCUGCCCACCUACUCGCUCUGGAGCAGCGAGUCCCGAACGAGUCACGGGCAAAAUCUAUCGAAGCCCAGAGAAAGAGAGAAACCACCCGAGCGAGCUGCCGCAUACAAGAGCUCUUUCACAUCGCUGACUUCCUCUCGAUCGGUGUGGUCCUCAAGUUGUGAUGAUUCCGGCGAGGAUUCGCUGGCGGCGUUAAGCAGCACGCUGACGCCAACGAAUCCCUUUCUGCCCUACAUUCUGCAGAGCUCGUCGAGCACAUCCGAAGCGCCCGCAUCGCGCCGCAGCUCCUUGUUUAGCUAUGAGGAACAAGAUCCGCCGCCAAUUGCGGCAGAAAGCAACUCGAAUUUGAAUUCCAGCUCGAACAUUUUAAAUGCCUAUUACAAUCCUUUCUUUACGUGGAGCGCCACUCUACAGCAACAACAACAAAGCAGCCAACUUGGCCAACAGUCGCACAACAGCCCCAAGGGAGCCCAAGUGGGAAGCAGUGCGCCCAGCGAGGACCGCUAUGCAGCACUCAAGGACCUCGAUGAGCAGCUGCGCGAGUUGAAGGCCAGCGAAGCGGUUGCCACAGAGGCGCCGACGCCAACCAAUGGCAACAUGCACAUGGCAGACGCCUUCAGCAGUGUUGCUGCUGCCAGCCACAACAACAACAUCAAUAACAACAGCAACAUCAAUGCCAAUCCGUUCAAGAGCCAGCAACAGCAGCAGCAGCAGCAGUUGCUCAACGGCAAAGGGCACUUGGUGAAUCCAUUCCAAGCCAACAACAGCGCACAUCAUCAGCAGCAGCAGCAGCAACAGCCACAGCAGCAGAAUCUCUAUGGACAGCUGACGCUCAUACCAAAUGGCUACGGCAGCAGCCCAAUUCAGGCUGGAGGCCAGCAGCUAAUGCACUCCGCGACGAAUGUUGGCCACCAUCAACAGCUGCCACACGCGAGUUUCUUCAACUUUAACAACAACGGCUUUGCCGUCGCCCAGGGUCUGCCCAAUGGCUGUGGCUUUGGCAGCAUGCAGCCGGCUCCUGUGAUGGCUGGUGGCAUCAACGGCGCCUUUAACAACCCAUUUGCGGCUAGCGGCGCCAUCAACACGAAUAAUCCAUUCUUAUGAGAUUCAGACUCGAUUGGCGGGACGAAGGACCAGAAUCAUCAUCAUCAGCAGCAGCAGCGGGAGCAGGAGCACCACACGACUUGGCUGAGGCGUUGAGAGGAGGAGGGAAAGCAGAGAAAAGCCGCUGAACAAAACCAACAACAACAAGAAAAGUGAAAAGUGAACCGAAAUUAGUCCAUUUUACGAACAAUAGCUAUCUAGUAAUCUAAAAGUAAAACAAGGUUUAUGCAUACACACUCUGAACAUGCGUAUGUACAUGCUGAAGGACCCCAACUCUGGGGGAAGAUCGUACAAUAUAUAUCUAUCUAUAUAUAUAUAUUCUUUUACAAGCUAACUCUAUACAUAUAUUUAUAAGGCGGAGCAAAUGUGUCGCCUCCCAAAUAUAUAUAUACAUAUAGGCGAUUUGCGAGUAACUAAAAAUUUGUAUUUAACGUUGCCUUUAGCAUCUAUAGACUUUUUACUAAACUACAACUAAAAUGAAAACGAAAACUAAAACUAAAUCGAAAAAAGAGUUAAUUGUAAAACCACAAUUUAUCUUCUCCAUGUGAGCAUCAGUUGUCGUGUUAGCUUAACUUAAACUACAUACAUAUAAAUAAUAUUUAUAACUAAAGAGAAACUACUAAUACAAUUAAUUGUAAGUUCUAAUACUAGCAUCAUCAGAUAUAUUAUCAGAAUUGAGUUAAUUCUGUUCUGUUCUGUUUCGUUUCGUUACACGUUUUAUUUUUGUGUACCUUUUACAAGUCGAAAGAAAUCAGAAGAGGAAAAAAACAUUCAGUUCGUUGCAUUCUUUUAGCUCUCUUAACAUUUUCCUGAUUGUUUGUUUUUAAGAAAAGCUAUCGUCAGCUAUUGAUUGUGUGGCCUUAAUAAGAUUAUGGAACUGUUCAUUAAACUUGUAAUCAUAAAAUAAUAUCAUGCAUAUACCAUAUAAACUUAUGAAUAAUAAUAAUAAUAUGUAAUACACAUAUGCUUUUGUACCUAAAUUUAAAAUGCUUCUUGUUAUCGAUCCAUAAUACACAAAUACACACACACACACACCUAGAACAAAGUUAGAGUUUGCUCAACACAACACAAAGUUAAAGUUUGUUAAUUGCGAUACAGCAGAAAAGAUAUCUAUAUAUGUAUAUGUAUAUUUCAUAUGGCUUACUGGAUACAUGUAUGUACAUACAAUAAGUAAUGCAAUCAUUUCAUUAUUUACUGACCUACACAAGUCCAAGUCCAAUAAGAAGCAAGAAUUUUUCCAUUUUUAGCCUUAACAUGUAAAACAUUAUCGAAGCCUUAAAGAAUAUUUAAAAUUACAAAUUUCAAUAAAAACAAUGAAAACCAA